UAUGCUCGCAUUGAUUCCGUAAAAGUUGGGCACAAUUUUGAUUGGAGACCACAGUUUUUGAAACGAAGCACCAUUAAUUCACGUUAAAGAUUGGAAUGAUGAAGCAAUACGUUAAAAUAUGCAUGUGUCUAGCAUAUUUGGCGGCUCGAUUUGUAAAUAGUCAACGAUGUAUAUUUAAUGAUGGCUACCCUGGAAACUGUAUUCCAAAAUUUCAGUGUACUUCCUCAGUGGUUAGGGACGUGUAUGGAAAUUCAAAAUAUUAUGAACCAUACCAUUGUUACGAUUAUAAUCCUUUCAAUGAUUAUAUAAAUCAAAUUCUUUGCUGUCCUACAUGGCAACCACCACCAGUCCCACCAAACACAAAUAAUGAUGUUCCCCCUCCGACUCCUGUUAUUCCUGUACCUGGCCAAUGUGGAGUUGAAAUAAAAAUGUUAAAUGAUUUUUUGAUUGGAGCAGAAGAAGCUGAAAUCACUGAUCACUUAUGGAUGGCUUUAAUACGUUACACAUAUAAUCCCCGAGCAGUUAGUGAUUUUCAUUGUGCUGGUUCUCUAAUCAAUGACAGAUUUGUUCUAACAGCUGCAAGCUGUGUGAGUGUGAGUACCUCGUUAUUAGUUCGACUGGGUGAAUGGGAUACAAGAUAUGACCUAGAUGAGCAGGACGGCCAAACGGCGGACCCAGUUCAAGAUAUUCACGUGGAAGAACGUUUCAUGCAUCAGAACUAUGAUAGAAACUCGCAUGAAAACGACAUUGCUUUGCUAUAUUUAAAGCAAUCGGUCAAAGAUUCGAGAUGGAUAAUCCCCAUUUGUUUGCCCACAUUGGAAGAUCUAGUCAAUAAAAACUAUAAUGGAGAAUCUAUGGCAGUGGCAGGAUGGGGCGAAAAAGAAGAUGGAAGUAGAAGUUUUGUCAAGUUGAAAGCUGAACUUGAUGUUACUUCAAUUGAUAAAUGUAAAACAGCGUAUGAAACCCAAACUACUAUAACAGAUAAACAAAUCUGUGCUUAUAAUAAUAGAGGUCAAACUAAUGUUUGUAAAGGGGAUGGCGGCUCGCCUUUGAUGUAUAUGCAUAAAAUGGAUAGUACACACGCCUAUUAUUUCGUAGCGGGUGUUAUGUCAUUUGGAUCAAAGGCAUGUAAAGAUCGUCCAGGAGUUUUUACCAGAGUUGAUAAAUACCUUCCUUGGAUAAAAUUAAAAAUGGGAGCCUGAAAAUCAAUUUACCCCAUGUUAUUCAAACUUUUUUCCAAAUUCAAUCCACCAUUUUCAUUUAAUUUCCAUAUAUUGAGAACGUGGAGGCGCACCCAAUAAUAUAACGCAGUACAUCUGAAUAAUUUAAUUUGUCCAUUUUACUUGGCCGAUAUCAUGGAAAGAAGAGCCAGUUUUUUCACUUUUUUGUAAACUUUUCAAUUUUUCUUCAAUAAAAUCAACAGACCUUUAAAUAAA